ACCUGAAAUUAUAAAUUAUGAAUUUUUAAUAUUAAAUUAAAAAACAUAUAUAUAAUGAGUGAGAAUAAUAAUCCAAGAGAAAAUAUGAAGCAUGAUGAAGUAGUUUUAGAGAAAACUGGUCAUCAUGUAAAAAUUUUUGGUCCAUACACAAAGAAAGAUCUUCGAAGAUUAUUACUUUCAUCUAUGUCACUUUAUCCUGACACCGACAAUGAACAGGAAGCAUUGGAAUUUAUUGGAAUAAGCGAACAAGAAUUGAGAAAUAUUAAAAAUGGCGAAAAUAUUAGUGAAAACACUCAUAAGAAAUUGCAAUAUCUUGAUAUAACUGAAGAUAUGAUUAAGGAUGUUGGAAAAAAAAUAAACAAAAAAAGUGAUACUUUUAGUAAACAAAAUAAUAAUAAUAAUAAUAUUAUUAUUAAUGAAGAAGAGUUUCAAAACAAAAAUUACAAUUUUGAAAAUAAUCAAAAAACGGAAAAAUCAUAUGAAAAUAAUAAUUUUAUUAAUUGUGAACUUCCUAUUGAAAAGAAUUUUAGUAAAGAUAUGAAAAAUCAUUUAUUGCGAAAUGAUAUUAUAGAAGAUAAAGUGAGUUCGUUAGAAAAUUUGAAAUUUUCCACUGAAGGCAAAAAAAGUUUACAAAAUUUUGCUCAAGUAAAUAUAAAUUCAUCUAAAGAAAAUAAUUUCAUGUCCAUUAAUAAUUUGUAUUUAAAAAGCAAUAUUUUUGAACCAAUUAAAAAAGCUAUUUGUGAGAUUAUUUUACGAAAACCAAAUGAUCCUGUUGAAUUUUUAGGACAGUGGCUUUUACACUAUAAGAUUUGUGUGGAAAGAGAAAAGGAACGAAACGAAUGCGAUGCAGAAUUAUCAACAGAACGUGAAAAUUCAAAGAUAAAACAGCUGAAAACUGAUCCACUUUGGAGGUUUCUGGAUUUUUUAAAAAAGUUUCAGUAUAAAAGAAGAAGUCAACCGGGAAAACAAUGCGAUUCUUUUCUGGACGACGGUGAAUUGAUGAUAAUUGAAAAGAUGAUAUUUUGUAACGGAGCUAGAAAGAGAGAGCGAAAAAAAGUUGGAUUAUAAUUGUGACACCUGAAGAGAGUCGAUUGUAUUACUUGGACUAAAGGAAUUUCUUCAACUGUCCAAAUUCUCCUUUUUCACCUGCGUCAUGUCUGAAGUCAUCACUA